AUGCUGGAGAGCACUGGGAGGAAGGACACGUCUGUCUGGUCAGAAUCACCUAAUGGAUCUUCGCAAAUUGAUGCUCUCUCUUUGGAGUCAAUGAGCAAAGAGGCCUACUUCAGCAGAGUAGAAACAUUCACGCCGCUGAAGUGGGCAGGCAAACCCCAUGAGCUGUCUCCCCUGGUGUGUGCCAAAUACGGGUGGACCAACGUGGAGUGCGACAUGCUGAAGUGCUCCAGCUGCCAGGCCUUCCUCUGCGUGAGCUUGCAGCUGGCAUUCGAUUUCAACAAGUAUAAGGAGCGUUGUGUGGAGCUGAAGAAGGCCUUGUGCACCGCUCAUGAGAAGUUCUGCUUCUGGCCAGACAGCCCCUGCCCAGAUCGCUUUGCUGUUUUGCUGGUGGAUGAGCCCAGAGCCCUUCUCCAGGACUUCCUGGACCGCUUUCAGAGCCUGUGUCAGCUGGAGCUGCAGCUGCCCUCCCUCAGACCAGAAGACAUGAAAAACAUGUCUCUGACAGAGGAGAAGAUCAGCCUGCUCCUCCAACUGAUCGGGGAGGAGCUCGAGCACAAAACAGAGGGAGAGAAACCACCGAUGAAUUUUGCCUCAGAAAUCCUGCAAGUGCACAUUCCUGCCUGCGUCCUGGCACUGUGUGGCUGGACUUGCAGCACUGCAUCUGGCUCCAUGCACCUCUCGGUGAUCACCUGCUCCCGCUGCAUGAGGAAGGCAGGACUGUGGGGCUUCCACCAGCUGGAGUCGGCCGGGCUGGAGCUGGACUCCUACGGCCUGAGCAGCACCCCGCUGGCACCCACGUCUCCACGCAGGAUGCUCACACGGAGCCAGGACGCGCUUCCUCCAGGCUCGGAGCAGCAGCAUGAGAAGAGCCCAUCUCCAGCAAUCUCCCGCCCGCGGGGUUGGGACUGCCCCAGCCCCAUGGAGCGGGGCGAGUCGGAGGCUGCCAGCCCUGCGCUGAGGAGCCGCCCCGUUACCCGCAGCAUGGGGCAGGGGGACAACGUGGAGGUGCCGUCCAGCCCUCACCGCAGGACCAAGCGAGCCCGGCUCUGCUCUUCCAGCAGCUCGGACGCUUCCACGAGGAGCUUCUUUGAUCCCAGCUCACAACAUCGUGAUUGGUGUCCCUGGGUCAAUGCGGUGGAAGGAGGGGAAGCCCUGGAGGACCCCGCGGCCCAGAUGGAGAAGGAGCCCGCGAAGGCAGAGCCGGGCUGGCGAGUGGUGCUGAACACGCUCUUGGCCAUGAGAAAGCGCGACAGACUGCCUGAGACGGAGCCUGUGAGCCUCUCGGUGAAGUCCUGUAAGGUGUUUCGCAUUUUCCGGCAGUGGGAGAGCAUGAAUGCCUCCUGAACAGGCUGCCGCCAGUGAAACCGCAGCCUCGCCAUCGGCACAGGGCAUCACAUCGGUCCGGUGGAGAUCUGCUUUGCAGUUGCUCCCGAGGCAUCUCUGUGCCCUGGGGAGGGGGUGCUGAGGAGGCCCACGCACACCGCAAAGGCCGUGGGCAGCCCCCGGCAGCCACUGAGACCCCCUCCUCUCCCAGUUGCCUUCCUUGAAGUCCCCCUGCCUUCACAAGUCGUUCCUGCGGCCCUCGGCCCUGUGGGCUUCGACAGCCCCUCGCAGGCUUGUUCCUCGUGAGCUGGGAAGUGUUGUAGGCCCACCGGGUGAGUGAGGAGACGUGAUCCCUCAUGAGAGCAACUGUCGUAUCCAGCAGGGCCCAGGGGGAGCCGUGAGCUGCCACCAGCAUGCAGGGAAGUGAUGCCA